AUGGCUAUCGUCGCCGGCGUUCGUGGCGCGGGUCGUGCGUCUAUCACCGUCGGCCAGGGCAGAGGGGAUGUGUUCCUUCAUGGCCAACCGAGCAGAUCCGGAGGCAAAGGUCAUGGCAAUGGCAGUGCGGCCAUCCCCGUCGACCGUUCGUCAGGAGGAGGACAAUCCACAGGAUUCACGGAUGACAUCAAUCGGAGCGGAUAUGCCACCGGGGGCUCGUUAUGGUGGCAAAGCAGAGGCCCGGAGGUUCCAUUGCCAAUUCCAACACCAAAGAAAGGUAAUGCAAAUGAUGUAACAAAUAUAUGGUGUCAUGGAAAAUCGUUGGAAGGAAAUGCAUGGUCUUGUUCUUAUUGUGGGGCUGUUAAACUUGGUGGGGGUGCAACCCGAUUCAAGCAGCAUCUAGCAGGACUGGGCCCUGAGUGUUACUCUUGCCUGAGUGCGCCUCAUCAUGUAGUUGCUGUUUUUCGGAAAGGCAUUCCGGAGGGAAUUGAUAGGAGGAGGAAGGCCAAAGAAGGAAAGAAAAGAGUAGUAGAUGAGGUCAACCAUCUGAACAAUCUAGGUACAUCAAUACAUAUUGAUUGUGAAGAUGAGGACGAUGAGAUACUACGACAGAGCCUACAGAAUUCAUUACAUGAAGAUCAUGGGAGAACUAGUGGUGUUAGAGGAACUGUAGGCAGCUCAGGGGGUGUCAAAGGGAGCAGCUCAGGGGGUGUCAAAGGGAGCAGCUCAGGUGGUGUCAAAGACUUCUUUGAUGUUGAUUUGGCAUAUAGCAGGACUAGGCCACAGCAGACAAUGGAGGUGUGUAUUAACAAGACGGAAUAUGAAUCAAGGAUUGAGAAGGCUUGGGCCAAAUGGUUUCACGCUAAUGACAUCACUGGGCACAAAGCCAAUUGUCCAUAUUUUGUAGGAGCCGUGAAAUUGACUCAAGACCUUGGCAAAGGGGUGCCUGCCCCUAAAGGGAUAGAUAUUGAUGGAAUUUAUUUGAAUUCCAACUAUGAAGAAUUGCAGCAGUAUGUGGCCAAGUUCAAAGACGAUUGGCCCACCUAUGGUGUUACUAUCAUGUCAGAUUCGUGGACCGGCCCUUCUUGGAUGAGCAUUAUAAACUUUAUGGUGUUCUCCAACGGGCGUAUGUAUUUCCGCAAAUCUGUUAAUGCCACUGGACACAUGCAAAAUUCUAAGUUUGUUUAUGAGCACAUUAAAGAAGUGAUCGAAGAGAUAGGGCAGGAACAUGUCGUCCAGCUUGUGACCGACAAUGGCUCUAACUUCAAGAAAGCAUGUCUUGAUCUUGUUGUCGAUUUCCCACACAUCACAUGGCAGCCAUGUGCGGCUCACACAAUUAACCUCAUGUUAAAGGAGAUGGGAUGUUUUCCUGAGAUUAACACAGUGGUCAACAGUUGUAAGAGAAUCUGUAGAUUCAUGUACAAUCAUUCAACUUUGCAUGCUGAAAUGCAGAAGCACAUAGGUGGAGAGUUGGUGCGACCGAAUGCAACAAGGUUUGGAACAAACUUUAUGUUCCUAGAAAGCUUUUGGGAUAAGCAAGAGAAAUUCAAGGUGUGGAUGACAUCUCCCGAGUGGAAAAAUAGUUCAUGGAGUUCCGAGGUUGAUUAUGACUACACAUAUGAUUGUUUGACAAGUAGGAAAUGGUGGGAUGACGUGAAGAUGGUGUUAGAUGUAAUCGGCCCAAUAUAUACAAUACUUCGAUAUGCUGAUUCACAGAAGCUUGGGUCACUUUCUGGAUUUAUGAAAAGGAUGAUGCAGGCUAGGCAUCACUUGAGUUCUUCUUUUCCUGAAGAAUCUCUAGACCAACAGAAGUACCUAAAGGUGGUCGACAAAAGGGUCGAGCAUUUAUACCAAAAUACAUUGAUGGUUGCAGAGGUGGGAGUGGGGCAAAGAAAGAGAUCUAGAGCAAGUAGGAUGGAAGAGGAGGAAGAGGAGGAAGAGGAAGAAGAGGAGGAACGGGAGGAAGAGGAAGAGGAGGAAGAUGAGGAAGCUAAUAAUGAUGUGAUGCUUCCCAACAACAAUGAACCUUUGCGGAAGUCUACUAGGAAGAGGAGGAAGAGGACGCUUGAGUCUCUGUAAGGGUUGAGGAAGGACACUUGCAGCUUGAGUCUCUGUAAGGGUUGAGGAAGGAGACUUGCAAGUCUAAAAGGAAUCGAAUGGCCGGUUUGUUGCUUGAUGCUAUGGAGUAUGUAAUGCACUGAAUUGAUGUUGUGGGGCUGCAAUAUGGACUGUGGACUGAAUUUAUUUUGUUGUGGGACUGUAAUAUGGACUAUGGACUGAAUUUAUUUUGUUGUCGGACUGCUAUGUGUAGCUUCAUGUGAACUUUUAAUCUUAAGUCUAGUUUCUAAA